GCUCGUCCCGCGACUCCACCUUCUCGCUGUGGCAGGACAUCCCGGACGUGCGGGGCAGCGGGCUGCUCGGCACCAUCAGCCUCCAGGAGUGCAAGCUGCAGGAGGCCAAGUUUGAGCUGAUCACCUCGGAGGCCUCCUACAUCCACAGCCUCUCCAUCGCGGUGGAGCACUUCAUGAACUCGCGGGAGCUGAACGAGUGCCUGGGAGCCCAGGAGAAGCAGUGGCUCUUCUCCAAGCUGCCCGAAGUGAAGGACGUCAGCGAAAGGUUCCUGCUGGAGCUGGAGGAGCGGCUGGAGGAGAACAUCCUGCGCUUCGACAUCUGCGACAUUGUGCUGCGCCACUGCCCGGCCUUCCGCCGGGUCUACCUGCCCUACGUCACCAACCAGGCCUACCAGGAGCAGACCUACCAGCGCCUCCUGUGC